AUGCAAGUUAAAGCUCUUGUCGCUCUCGUCGCUUUCUUUGGACUCGUGCUGCUUCUCCAGUCGAGCGUGCUCCCCCGUCGAGCAUCAAGCCGCCCCCAAAGCCGACUGGGUCGCAUCUACCUCCCAAGCCUACUUUCUCUCACAAGCCUCCCCACCACCUCACUCGGUUGCCGAGCGCGCUGCUCCCAGCGUCAAACCCCCGCCGUUCUCUCACCCAGCCUCGCUUCCUCCGAAGCCUACGUUCUCUCUUCCACCCAAGCCGACUUCUCCCCCAAGCCUCCCCCAGCUCACUCGUUGGAGGCUCGUGCUCCGUCGAGCCACCCUCCUCAUCAUCCUCCAAGCUCGCUUCCUCCCAAGCCAACAUUCUCGCCUCCUCCCAAACCGACUUUCUCGGGAGAGCCCCACCCACCUCCCCAUUCAUUCGAGGCCCGUGCUCCUUCGAGUGACCAUCCCAUCACCCAACCCACUCAAUCCGGCAAGCCUCACCCGCCCCCUCACUCGUUUGAGGCUCGCGCUCCAUCGAGCCAUCCCCCUCACCAUCCGAGCUCUCUUCCCCCCAAGCCCACUUUCUCUCAAAAGCCUCCCCCUCCCCCUCCUUCGUUUAGCUCUAAGCCCCCCAAACCGACCAAGUCGGCCUAG